GCAUGCUACUAGUAAAACAAAAUGUAUUCAGUUUCAUUAUUUUACUCAAUGUGAAGCUUGCUGACGGACUGUGUUUAUUCACUAGGAAAAAUAUAAAGGAAAGUUUGUUUUAUUUUUUUAACAUGAACGAAAAAUGACGGCUUUAUACGUUUGAAGUAUAUGUGUAACAUAUGGACCGGAUACCAUGGGCAGUGCUUUGAAACCAAUACAACCCUAGAGUACUCUUAACUUUUCUUUGUAUUAAUCUAGCAAAAUUUAAAAUUAUUAAAAAGGUAUAUUUUAUCGUAAUGCGUACGGUGAGCCCCGAAAUAUGGUGGGGAAGAAGAAAGAAGUCCCCAAUAAGUUCCAACUUCGGCCAGAAAGUUCCCAACAAGAUGGAGACGAUGCUCAGAAGAAGCUUCUGGAAGACUCUAGAAGAAUUCUCCAGAACCACCCACAUGACUGGGUUCAAGUAUACCGUUGAUGAAAUGGCGUCGGCUGCUAAAAGGAAGAUGUGGCGCUACCUGGUGUUCACCUUCAUCAUCAUGGGUCUGGUGACCACCGGCUUCAUCGUGCACAGACUGCGCCAGCUGCCAGCGGUCACGGUGGCGCUGCCAUCGCUGGAACACACGAUACAGAAUAUUGACUUCCCAGCGGUGGCUUUCUGUAGCUACAACUUGAUCAAUAAGACGCGCGCUUGGGACUAUGCUGAGUUCUUGCACAGCAAGAAGCACAGAUUCCGCAGAUGGUACAAGAACUACUCCGUGGAGGACAUCUACAAGAACCUGGUGAACUUCGGUGCUCUCAUCGACUUCAGUUUGCCGAGCAUCGACAUUGACUUUACGGAGUUUCUGCAAGCCGUGGACGGGGACCGGGGGAUGAAUGUCACGGCUGUUAUGCUUAUGCUGACAGCCCCGUGUUCCGAACAGCUGCUCCACUGCAACUGGCGCGGCCGGCCGCACGACUGCUCCGAGCUGUUCGCUCUGAGGCUCACGCAGACUGGCUUCUGUUGCAUCUUCAAUGGGAGAUACCAGGAAGGAGAUCGUCUCAACAAGCCGUACAGACUGGACACGGUCGGCGCCGACAACGGACUGUCCGUCAUUGUGCACACGGCGAGAGACGACGACGCCUACUUGAGGUGGACUGGAGUUGGCACGGAGGUAAUCCUCUUCAACGGUGCAGAGUACCCCCUCAUGGAAGGCGGGGGCAUCCUGGCGGUGCCGGCGGCCGUCAACGAGUCCACGUUCCUGCUGCUGUCUACUGCGGAGGUGGACGCGCCCAGCGACGUGCACGAUGUGUCUGAAGCCAGGCGCGGCUGUAAAUUCGGCAAGCCGGGAGAGACCUACAUCCAAUGCUUGACUGAAUGUCGUCGGAAGACCAUAGAGACGCUGUGCGGGUGCGUGCCCUUUCAGUACAUGCCGGCUGAGGGGGACACCCUGUGUCGGCUGGAGCAGCUGCCGUGCUUGAACAAGUAUCGAGAAAAGCUUCUGUUCUACUUUCCAAAAGAUACGGAUUUCGAUCCGGGAUUACAAGAAGAAUUCUCAGACUCUUUGGACUGUUACUUCUGUUUGCCCGACUGCACGCGAACUAGGUACACUAUAGACGUAUCUGUAGCAAAAUAUGGAUUCCUUAGAGGACACCUGCCUUUCUUUAAUUAUUUCACAUACAAAAGGAGAGUAGUGAAUUCCUCCAUAGUCAGACUAUUCUACUCCACUGAGGGACAAACAUUGUACUCAUUGGAAGUGACGGAACGAUGGUAUGAACUCACCAGUAUAAUUGGAGGACAAUGCUGCAUGAUAUUCGGGAUUACGAUCAUGUUGGGUCCAGAAAUAAUUUACCAUUUAACCAUCCGAUGGAAGCAUCAUUUUGAUAUUUUGAAACGAAGGCAAGCCAUUUAAAAUAAUCAUUAUUGCAAAAAGUUUCCUGUUCAUAAAGAAAUAUCCAUGUAGGCAAACAUAUAACUUAACUAUCUGUAUUUUUAUAUUACACUUCCGGGCAAUGAAAACGUCCCACUCACAAAAUGCCGACACCAAAUGACCCUAAUAUUUUCAAAGAUUUAAUUUAAAAUUGGAACAAAAUAUUACCGUGUUUGGUUAGUAAUAUUCUGAAGUUCUGUUUAAUAUACUUCAAUGUUCCA